CCCCCCAGCGCUGAGUCUGUCGAGGCUCCGGGCGACCUCGGGAACCGCGCCCCUCAGACCCUCUUGGGACGCAGCUGAGCGGCGCAGGGAGAUCUGCCCCGACUCGGGCACCCGCGUGCAUUGUAGCAGCUCGGUCCCGUCUCCGGAGCCGCUGCCACCCCGUGCGCUGCACGCAACAGGCACCCAAUUUGCUGUGUUUGGCGGUUGCUUGUGUUGAAUCCCCAGCCUGCACCCGGAGACAGUUCAACGAUGUCUCAGUGGUACGAACUUCAGCAGCUGGACUCCAAGUUCCUGGAGCAGGUUCACCAGCUGUACGAUGAUAGCUUUCCCAUGGAAAUCAGACAGUACCUGGCCCAGUGGUUGGAAAAGCAAGACUGGGAGCAUGCUGCCAAUGAUGAUUCCUUUGCCACCAUCCGCUUCCACGACCUCCUUUCCCAGCUGGAUGAUCAGUACAGCCGCUUUUCUCUGGAGAAUAACUUUCUGUUGCAGCACAACAUAAGGAAAAGCAAGCGCAAUCUUCAGGAUAACUUCCAGGAAGAUCCCGUACAGAUGUCCAUGAUCAUCCAUAACUGCCUGAAGGAAGAGAGGAAGAUUUUGGAAAAUGCCCAGAGAUUUAAUCAGGCCCAGGAGGGGAACAUUCAGAACACCGUGAUGCUGGAUAAACAGAAGGAACUGGACAGCAAGGUCAGAAACGUGAAGGACCAAGUCAUGGUGAGUACUAAGUGGACACAUGCCUUCUUCCACAACUUCCAAGGGGACAGCAUGUCAGUUUCUUCAGAAAGUGAAGCCAACGGUGUGGCCAAGAGUGACCAGAAGCAAGAACAGCUGGUACUUCAGAAGAUGUUCCUAAUGCUGGACAAUAAGAGAAAGGAAAUAAUUCACAAAAUACGAGAGCUGCUGAAUGCCAUCGAGCUCACGCAGAACGUCCUGAUCAACGACGAGUUGGUGGACUGGAAGAGAAGACAGCAGAGCGCCUGUAUUGGGGGACCGCCCAAUGCUUGCCUCGAUCAGCUGCAGAGCUGGUUCACCAUCGUCGCGGAGAGUCUGCAGCAGAUUCGUCAGCAGCUUAAAAAGCUGGAGGAGCUGGAACAAAAGUUCACCUAUGAACCGGACCCGAUCACCAAAAACAAGCAGGUCCUGUCAGACCGCACCUUCGUCCUGUUCCAACAGCUCAUUCAGAGCUCCUUCGUGGUGGAGCGACAGCCAUGCAUGCCAACUCAUCCCCAGAGGCCGCUGGUAUUGAAGACCGGGGUGCAGUUCACUGUGAAGUUGAGACUGUUGGUGAAAUUGCAAGAGCUGAAUUAUAACUUGAAAGUGAAAGUCUCAUUUGAUAAAGACGUGAACGAGAAAAACACAGUCAAAGGAUUUCGGAAGUUCAACAUCCUGGGCACGCACACAAAAGUGAUGAACAUGGAAGAGUCCACCAACGGAAGUCUGGCCGCGGAGUUCCGGCACCUGCAACUGAAAGAACAGAAAAACGCUGGCAACAGAACUAACGAGGGGCCUCUCAUCGUCACAGAAGAACUGCACUCCCUUAGCUUUGAGACCCAGCUGUGCCAGCCAGGCCUAGUGAUUGACCUUGAGACCACCUCUCUGCCUGUCGUGGUGAUCUCCAACGUCAGCCAGCUCCCCAGCGGCUGGGCUUCCAUACUGUGGUACAACAUGCUGGUGACGGAACCCAGGAACCUCUCCUUCUUCCUGAACCCACCGUGCGCACGCUGGUCCCAGCUCUCCGAGGUGCUGAGCUGGCAGUUUUCAUCGGUCACCAAGAGAGGUCUCAACGCCGACCAGCUGAGCAUGCUGGGAGAGAAGCUUCUGGGUCCUAACGCGGGCCCCGACGGUCUUAUUCCGUGGUCGAGGUUCUGUAAGGAAAAUAUUAACGAUAAAAAUUUUUCCUUCUGGCCUUGGAUCGACACCAUCCUGGAACUCAUUAAAAAACACCUGCUCUGCCUCUGGAAUGACGGGUGCAUCAUGGGCUUUAUCAGCAAGGAGCGAGAACGCGCUCUGCUUAAGGACCAGCAGCCGGGGACGUUCCUGCUGAGGUUCAGUGAGAGCUCCCGGGAAGGCGCCAUCACGUUCACGUGGGUGGAGCGGUCGCAGAACGGAGGGGAACCCGACUUCCACGCCGUUGAACCCUACACGAAGAAAGAGCUUUCAGCGGUUACUUUCCCCGACAUUAUCCGCAAUUACAAAGUGAUGGCUGCUGAGAAUAUCCCAGAGAAUCCCCUGAAGUACCUGUACCCCAACACUGACAAAGACCAUGCCUUUGGGAAGUACUACUCCAGGCCAAAGGAAGCCCCAGAACCAAUGGAGCUUGACGACCCUAAGCGAACAGGCUACAUCAAGACCGAGCUGAUUUCGGUGUCUGAAGUCCAUCCCUCUAGACUUCAGACCACGGACAACCUGCUUCCCAUGUCUCCGGAGGAGUUUGAUGAGAUGUCCCGGAUAGUGGGCUCUGAUUUCGACAGUAUGAUGAGCGCAGUAUAAACAUGAAUUUCUCUCUUCUCUGGAGACAUUUUCCUUCCCAUCUGUGAUUUCCUCCUGCUCCUGUUCCUGUUCCUUCACCUGCUGUGUUUCUAGGGAAAUGCAAGAAAGAACAACACGGUUUGUUGCCCCCUGUUGCUAGCGAGUGGAUAUUUCUCUUCGCUAGAAACCCGUUACUCCGAAGGACUUCAUGCGUCUUAACUGAAGGUGAACCGGAGAGUCAAUCACUUGUGCAAAGUAGAUUCUGCGGACAGAGCAGAGACCCGCCCAAGGCGUCAGGACUAGACUGCCAGUGUCUGGGAAAGGUGAGGAGUAGGUGACCUCUAGUAAAUGCUGUGUCAUCACAGUGCCCAACCGCCGCACAGCACGGGACAGUCCGCAGUGUGAUGUAGGAGCGGUUCUGUCCUGAAGAUACUGGCGUGCUCCCUCUGCUUUAUGGCUGGAAGUCUUCCGCUCUUUUGCCUAUGGCACAGUUCAAAGCCAACUUUAUAAUGCAGUGAUAUGUCAGACGAUAGUGGACAUCCUUCAUCUGAGUGUGUGUGUGUGGGCGGGGGGGAACAGGGGUGUUAGCACGUCUUCUACACUGGCCUGUGAAACUGCAGGCACGAUUGCGCUCUUCGGUGACCUAGCUUUGUUGUUGGCUGCCGUUAAGCGAAACUAAACACCCAUAGAAGAAAGAAAACGUUUUCCAAAUUCUCAAGUAGUUUCUGUUUAAUAUAUACUCCACCAAGCUAAGUGGGUCUUGCUGUCAUUUUGGUCACCGGUUGAAUAAAACUAUCUUUGCACAU